UCGAUCUUUCUCCCCCCAGUCUUGUUCCGCAGCCACUGGGCCUACAUUCACCAUGAUAUCCCGAGCGGCGGCUCCCUCGUCUUCCUCCAUCGCCAAUCUCUCCUCUCGCUCCCUCCGAGCCCAGGCCCCGGCUGCCCGUUCCUUCGCGACUGUCCAGGACAAUGCUCCCCCCGUACGACACUAUGGCGGUCUGAAGGACCAGGAUCGCAUCUUCACCAAUCUUUACGGACACCAUGGAGCCGAUCUCAAGUCGGCACAGAAGUUCGGUGACUGGCACCGCACCAAGGACAUUGUCCUCAAGGGUCACGACUGGCUCAUCUCUGAGAUCAAGGCCUCUGGUCUCCGUGGCCGUGGUGGUGCCGGUUUCCCCUCCGGAUUGAAAUACUCCUUCAUGAACUUCAAGGACUGGGACAAGGACCCGCGUCCUCGGUAUCUCGUCGUCAACGCCGAUGAGGGUGAGCCCGGAACCUGCAAGGACCGUGAGAUUAUGCGCAAGGACCCCCAGAAGCUCAUCGAGGGUUGCUUGGUCGUUGGUCGUGCGAUGAACGCCAACGCCGCCUAUAUCUACAUCCGUGGUGAAUUCUACCACGAAGCCACCGUCCUGCAGCGGGCGAUCAACGAGGCCUACGAGGCUGGCCUGAUCGGCAAGAACGCUUGCGGUACGGGCUACGACUUCGACGUCUACAUUCACCGUGGCAUGGGUGCCUAUAUCUGUGGUGAGGAGACCUCGCUGAUCGAGUCGAUCGAGGGUAAGGCCGGCAAGCCCCGUCUCAAGCCCCCAUUCCCCGCUGCCGUCGGUCUCUUCGGUUGCCCUAGCACGGUCACCAACGUCGAGACCGUUGCCGUGGUUCCUACCAUCAUUCGUCGUGGUGCUAGCUGGUUCUCCUCCUUUGGUCGCGAGCGCAAUGCCGGCACCAAGCUCUUCUGUAUCUCGGGUCACGUCAACAACCCUGUCACCGUUGAGGAGGAGAUGUCCAUCUCCCUCCGUGAGCUGAUCGAGCGCCACUGCGGUGGUGUCCGUGGUGGCUGGGACAACCUCAAGGCCGUCAUCCCCGGUGGAUCUUCGACUCCCGUCCUCCCCAAGUCUAUCUGCGACGACCAGCUGAUGGACUUCGAUGCCCUCAAGGACUCUCAGUCCGGUCUGGGUACCGCCGCCGUCAUUGUCAUGGACAAGUCUACCGAUAUCGUCCGCGCCAUCUCCCGCCUGUCCACCUUCUACAAGCACGAGAGUUGCGGCCAGUGCACACCCUGCCGUGAGGGCAGCAAGUGGACCAUGCAGAUGAUGCAGCGGAUGGAGACCGGCCAGGCCCGCGAGCGUGAGAUCGACAUGCUCCAGGAGCUGACCAAGCAGGUUGAGGGGCACACCAUCUGCGCUCUGGGUGAGGCUUUCGCCUGGCCCAUCCAGGGUCUGAUCCGUCACUUCCGUCCCGAGCUUGAGGCCCGGAUUCGCGAGCACGCCGAGCAGCUCGGUGGCCAGUCCCCCUAUGCCGGUGGAUGGCACCCCAACGCCCGGGCUGAGGGCAAGUUGAUCUCUCCCGGUCAGUAGUUAAUUUCAGGGGUUGGUGGUGACGGGGGUCAGUGAAAGGAAAAGUUUGAGGAGUGUGAAUCAAAUCUUCCUUUUUCUUUUCUUGCUCUUAGAGGAAGGCUCGGGUGUAUGGCUGUGCGAGUGGAUGAUUUCUC